AAAACAUGGCAAACUCUACUUCAUCAGAAGUAGCUGAAGAAGGAAAUUAUUAUUUACAGCUAAACAAGAAUCCAAUAAGGUUUGAACCUGUCAGUAAGGUUACAAAUGUAUUUUUCGAUGAUUCUAACAAACAGGUAUUUGCUGUCCGAGCUGGUGGCACCACUGGUGUGGUGGUCAAGGGCCCUGAUGAGAAAAGUAACCUAACAUUCCGAAUGGAAGAUAGAGGGGAAGUUAUUUCUAUCAAAUUUUCACCUGACCGAAGAAUACUUGGUGUUCAAAGAUCUCUCAAGUCUGUCGAAUUCCUCAACUUUAGUUCUGAUGUUGUUCCUGACAAUAUGGAGUAUUCACAGACCUGUAAGUUGUGUCGGUGUUGCCUACCCUGGGCUACUAGUAAAUCCACACAAAUCCGAGGAUUCUGUUGGAGUAACAACACUGAAAUUGUCUUUGUCACAGAUCAGGCAGUGGAAUUCUAUCAAAUUUCUCCAGAAAAAAAAUCUUUGAAAUGUCUUAAAACCUUUUCUCUGUCCAUCAAUUGGUUUGUUUGGCUACCUGUAAACUGUGUAUUGUUAGUGUCUUCUGGAAUUGUUGGCAAUACUCUGAAUCCAUUCCAGUUCAAGCCUAGUACUGUAAAUCGUCUGCCAAAAUUUGAAGUAGACCUUCCAGCCGUACCUAAACCUGCUAAACAGACUUUACUGCAGCGGGAUGUGACUAUGGCUUGUCUGUAUGGCAUAGUGUAUAUAAUAGUGUUACGGCAUCAGCCACGUGGUGGCAGUGCUGGUGCUGAAAUAGUACUGUAUCAACUUCAGAAAGAAAGUCCAGCAAAGAAAACCAAUAUAUUACGUCUCGAUAUGAGUGGUCGUUUUGCUGUGAAUACAGUAGACAAUUUGAUAAUUGUUCACCACCAAGCCUCUCGUACUUCAAUGAUAUUUGAUAUCAACCUUCCUGGAGAAUCUGAUAACUACAUAAUGUGUCAUCACCCUGUACUCUCACCGCUACCAAUUAAGCCUUUCCGUUUGUUUCUACCACCUGCUCCUAGUCUUCCAGUUGGAACAGAGAAGACAGAAUACACUUUUGAAUUAUAUUCAGAUAAUUGGAUUGUAUUCCAGCCUGAUAUUAUUAUUGAUGCUAAACUUGGUAGUCUAUGGACAGUUCAGCUAUGUUUGGAACCAUUAGUGGAAAUGAUUCCCAAUAAGUUGAAACUGAUAGAGUUCUUAGUGUUGCGGAAAGACAGCAAAUUGGUAUUAUUGUCGGUAUGUCGACAAAUGUUAAUUCCUGGCCACCAAGCUACUCUUGUCACAAUCGCACAAAUUUAUGAUAUGCUAAAUGAUGUUUAUAAAAAUUAUCAAGAAGCUGAAACACAAUAUCUUGUACAUUCCGUUGAUAUCUCCAGCCGGCCUGAUCCAUAUCAACGUUCAAACAAAGUGAUAUUAGACCAAUCUGAUAUGUAUACACAUGUUUUUUCAGUCUUUGAAAAUGCCAAGAACAUAUCUCACAAAUUUAUGGUUGCAGUUCUAAUUGAAUAUAUCCGAUCCUUGAAUGAGCAUCAAAUAAAUGUCCAGCACUAUCUAUAUGAACUUGUUAUUAACAUAUUGGUCAAUCACAAUUGUUUCUACCAAUUGCACCAGUUUUUACAGUACCAUGUCCUCACAGAUUCCAAACCUUUAGCUUGUCUAAUGCUGUCACUUGAAAGUGUUUAUACUCCAGCUCACCAGUUGGCACUAGAUAUGAUGAAGAGAUUAUCUACAGCUAAUGAAGAAAUCAUUGAAGUUCUGCUUUCGAAACAACAAUUACUGCCAGCUCUUAGAUUCAUUCGCAGUAUUGCUAUUAUUGAUACAGUGUCUGCUCGCAAAUUCCUUGAAGCUGCUCUCAACUGCGAUGACCAAAUGCUUUUUUAUACAGUGUUCAAAUUCUUUGAGCAGCGAAAUAUUCGCCUUCGAGGUUCACCAAAAUUCCCAUCAGGAGAACAUUGUGAGCAUUAUGUCCAUCAUUUUGAGUCAUUAUUUGGCACAGAAGCUUUGGGUGAUGUCCAGUCCAGUUAACUUCCAGAAGAAAAAGUCUUUUACCCAUCUAAAAAGAAACUAGGCAUGGUUUAUUAGAUUUGGAUAUCAAUCUUCAUGUAUUAAUUCUCUUUUGUCAUCUUAUCUACUGGAUACAGGCUGUUCACUUUUUGAAGUUAUCCUUUCUAAGUUUGUAACCUGCCACGAACAGACAUGAUUGAAAAAUGUACAGUGAAAUAAAUAUUUAAAACAAA